AUGUCGGAUUCUGAAGACGAAAUUACAUUACCAACAGACACUUUAAGUAUUUUAAAUGAUUUUUUAAAAAACAAAGAAGAGAGAUCGAAUGAUAAAUUUGAAAUAGGAGAAGAUUGGCAAUUAUCACAAUUUUGGUAUGAAGAAGAAACAUCGAAAUAUGUAGCCAACGUUAUCGAGCAAGAAACUAUUGGUGGAAAUGUCGUAGUUUGUCUUUCAACACCUUCAAUUUUUAAAGUUUUAUAUAAAAAUAAUAAUUUAUUAUUAAAUAGUCAUUUAUUUGAAUAUGAUAAUAGAUUUGCAGUAUACAAGGAUAAUUUCCAUUUUUACGAUUAUAGAGAUCCAUUGAAUGUACCAGAGCAAUUUAAAGGUAAUGUCGAUUUCAUUUGUUUAGAUCCACCAUUCCUCAGUGAAGAAUGCUUAGAAAAAGUUUGCGAAACUAUUAAAUUAUUAAGAAAACCAACUACUAGAUUACUUUUAUUAACUGGACGUAUUCAAUGGCCACAUAUCCAAAAGUUAUUACCUGAAAUGAAAAUUUGUAAAUUUGAACCAAAACAUCCAAGAUUACAAAAUGACUUCUUUUGUACAAAUAAUUAUGAUUCAAAAUUAUUAGAUAAUUAA